AUGGAAAAGAGGGAAGUUCCAAGUCCGCCACACACCGAGAGCGCAGUCCUCCAGUCGAGGGUGGUGGGAUGGAGAUGGAGGGAGGGUAUUAAUUCGGUGGCCGCGUCGCUAGAAGGGAGGAGAGAUUCGCCCAGAAAAUAUGGUGCGAGAGCUGGGUGCCACGUGAACCGGCAACAAGUGGAGAUCGGGGAACCUGGGCGUAGAACAUUCCUGGCUGUGCUGGAAAGAUCGGAGGAAUGGGACACUCCGAUGAGACCCAGCAACAAGAUACCGCUAUCUUCUGAUCAACCAAGUUCGCAGCUGUUUCGGCAUAUACUGGAUGGAACCUUUCAACGGUUUGUACGUGGGCCGGAAACGAGCAACUUUUGCCGAAUGAGCGAUUGGAGAGCAGAUCACGUGAUGCUGCGAUCGGUUGAGGGAGCUUCGAACUUGGAACCCAACCUUGAACUUUCCCAAGCUGCAGCGGAAGGGCAGGGACCAGAGCAGCCAGUCAGGGAGCGUUGUGAUAAAUAA